CAGUCAUUGACAGUCGAGUCAUCAGACCUCUCCGAAAAUGGCGGCCCCCUUGGAAGAAAUUUUACACAAAUUGCUUGUACCAAAUAGUUCCGUUAUUCAAGAGGGCACCAGGGAGUUGAAACAUGCCCUGAAGGAUCCCAAUAUUGUCCCAGGCCUGUUUGCUGUCUUGACCAGUUCUAGCAACCCUCAGAUACGCCAGCUUGCAGCUGUGCUUCUGCGACGUCGAGUUGUCAAGCAGUGGACCAAAUUACCACCAGACAUUAGUCACAACCUGAAGCAGAUCUCCCUUCAAGUCCUACUUCAAGAAACAGAUAAGAGCGUCUGUAAUGCCGUGGCACAGCUAGUUGGAGCCAUAGCCAAACAUGAGCUGACAUCCAGGAAUGGCUGGCCCGAUCUGAUGCAGUUCCUACAACAGCAGAGCCGCAGCCCGGAAUGCCAACAUAAAGAGGUUGGUGCCUUAGUGCUGAGUUGUGUCAGUGGCUCGGCUGCCGAACAUCUUCGGCCCUACCUACGAGUCAUAUGCAACCUUUUCAGUACCAUGCUGCAACACAGAGAGAGCCAACUUGUUCCUUAUUAUGCCAUCCGAGCUAUGACGUCAUUGGUGCAACACCUGGGCACAGAUGAUAUCCCCCAGUUUCGUCCACUAAUACCACAAGUACUGGUGGUGAUUCGGCUGUUGCUAGGCAGUGAUGAGGAUCAGGGUUGCCAGGCGAUGGAACUAUUUGAUGAGUUGGUGGAGUGUGAAGUGUCCAUCAUUGUGCCACAUCUGAAGGCUGUCGUUGAAUUCUGCUGCGAGGUGGCCAGCAACGGUAACCUUGGUAACAACGCUCGAGUUAAAGCUUUGUCCUUCAUUAGCUGGCUCACAAGUCUCAAAAAGAAGGCAAUUCUGAAGUACAAGCUAGUCAAUCCAAGUCUCAAAGUGCUGUUCCCAAUAAUGUGCACACCCCCUGAGGAAGAAGAGGAAGAUGAUGAUGAAGAUGAUUGUGGAGAGGAUGCCGAGGCCAAUACACCAUCUUCAUUUGCAGCCCAGGUGAUCGAUACGAUGGCUCUCCACCUCCCUCCUGACAAGCUCCUCCCCCCACUGAUGCAGCUGGUACAGCCGGCCUUGAGCAGUAGCAAUCCCUACGAAAGGAAGGCGGGGCUUCUCAGCAUAGCCGUACUUGCAGAGGGAUGCGCUGACUUCAUCCGAAAUAAACACCUGCAGUCAUUACUGGAGUGCAUCUGCAACGGCAUUCAGGAUUCCCAGCAGGUGGUGCGCAAUGCUGCCCUUUUCUGUCUGGGUCAGUUUGCCGAGCACCUACAGCCUGACAUCAGCAAGUACCAUGCUCAGUUACUGCCGCUGCUGUUUGAUUAUCUCAGCCAGAUGUCUGCGGCGGCAGAUCAGAGCCCUAAAGGAGUGACUAGGAUCUACUAUGCUCUGGAAAUGUUCUGUGAAAAUUUGGGAUCAGAGGAUUUACUUCCGUACCUUCCCACUUUGAUGGAAAGACUUCUGGUUACAUUAAAGACAUCAACUAACACGCACAUCAAGGAACUUGCUAUCAGUGCUAUAGGAGCAACAAGCAACGCUGCAGAGCAACACAUGUUGCCGUUCUUCCAGCCAAUCAUGGAACAGCUCCGUGUUUACCUAACAACUGUUCAGUCUGGAGAUGGGCUGACGUUACAGAUCCAGGCAAUAGAUACUUUGGGUGUGCUUGCCCGCACCUUGGGAAGAGAAAACUUCCUCCCCCUCGCUGAGGAAUGUCUACAACUCGGUCUGAAACUCAUUGAAGAGGUCAACGACCCUGACCUGCGUAGAUGCACGUAUGGAUUGUUUGCUUCCCUUUCUCAUGUCCUCGGAGCCGACAUGUCUCCGUAUCUUGAGACAAUCACCAAACUUAUGAUAGACUCGUUGCAGUCUACAGAGGGAAUAGUGGCCCAUUACAAUGACGAAGACAGUGGCGUCUUGUCAUUAUUUGAAGACGAUGAUGAUGAUGCAGAAGAAGAGGACAUUGAAGGAAGUAAUCACCAUGGCAACGGGGAAGAGGAUGACGAUAUACAAGGGUACAGCGUUGAGAAUUCCUACAUGGAAGAGAAGGAAGAUGCAUGCAAUUCCCUGGGUGAGAUCUCGUCCAACACAGGGGUUGCGUUCCUCCCUCACUUGGACGCAUGCUUCACUGAAAUGAUAAAGCUGAUUGAUUACCCAGCGGUGAACGUCAGAAAAGCUGCCAUUACCAGCUCUGGUCACAUGUGCUGUAGUCUCCGUAAAGUCAUCCAGCUGACAGAUCCCCAAGAAGCAGCAGCUCUUGCCAAAGCGGUGGACCAAACCGUGCCCCACUUCAUCCACAUCGUCAACACGGAGACUGACAGGACAGUUGUCAUGGCAACUCUUGAGACACUGAACGAAAUGCUAGGGACGCUGCAAGGCAGUAUGGUCAGCGAGCAGAGCAACUUGAGCGGCAUCAGUAGUGCCAUCAGGAAUGUUCUCCAGCGCAAGACGGCUUGUCAGGACCAAGAUGACGACGAUGACGAUGAUGACGAUGGAGAUCAAGCCGAGUACGAUGCCAUGCUGAUAGAGAAUGCCGGUGAUCUCAUCCCAUCAUUAGCCAGGGGGUUAGGUGGCCAGGCCUUCGCUCCCUACUUUGCCGGCACGCUACCGCUAUUGCUGUCCAGAGCUAAGAAGUCUUGCUCUUCAGCUGAGAAGUCUUUCUCAGUGGGCACGUUAUCAGAGUCGGUGGUUGGCAUGGGCGAUGCCGCCCAGCCAUUCCUGCCCCAUCUUCUCCCCGUCUUCCUCCGCAUGGCCCAUGACGAGGAUGAGGAAGUCCGAAGCAAUGCCGUCUUUGGUCUCGGAGUCCUAGCCCAGAACUGUGGAGAGGUGGCAUACCCACAUUUCUCCAACAUCCUUCAGGCUCUGUCCUCAGUCAUGGGUAAGGAAACCAACCGACGCGUUGUAGACAAUGUGUGUGCUGCGGUCUGCCGUCUGAUUGUGACUAAUCACUCACUAGUCCCGCUAGAAGAGGUGAUUCCGAUGCUGCUGAAGUUUCUCCCCUUGCAAGAUGAUCUUGCUGAGAAUGAUACGGUGUACGGCUGCAUCCUUCAGCUCUACCAAGCCGCUCACCCCUCCAUCCUUCAGAGCUUGCCCAGUCUGCUGGCCAUGUUCCCACAGAUCCUCCAUCAACUCACCGAGUAUGCCUCGUCGUGUGCUAUGCAGAUAAUCUCCAGUGUACGGCAGAACCAACCAGAUAUUUACAACUCGGUUCUUAUAUCCCUUCCGGAGCCCUUGGCAACCAAGCUCAAUAUGGCCGCUGUUUCCCCGGCAACACAGCAGUAUGACACUUCUGCAGCUGAUGGCAUCCCUUCAUCCAACCUAUCAGAGUCUCUGACAAAUCCUGAAUCAUCUCCUAGAGAUAACAUAUAUGUAGCCUCUGCCCCUGACAUCACUGUCACAGAUGCUGAGGAAGUGAAGGAAUCAUCUUCAGUGAAGGAGGAGGUAACUUCAGACCAAGGAGAAAAAGAGGAGGUUGGAUACAAGAUUGUUCAAGGUUCAUCCCAGCGACAACGUCCUAAACUGUUGGAUAGCCAAGGCUAUGCAUACACUCAACACAGUAAAAACAAAGACGGCAGCAUAACAUGGAGAUGCUCCAUACGGAAUCAGAAGAGGUUUUGUGGAGCAGUCAUCAAGCAAGUCGGCGACACAUUCCAUCGUGGUAAGAAGGACCACUGCCAUCUGGGGUCACCUGAUCAGCUCACCAUGGCAACGGUUGUCACAGAGGUGAAAUUGGCUGCUUCUUGUCACCUCUUUGAGCCGGCUAGCCACAUCAUUGACAAAGUGCUCGCCAAGAAUGCAAGCAACACCCUUACUCCCUCAUUGUGUAAGAGAAAUCUGACAAGGACAGCCAAUCGUGCCCGUCAAAAGCAAUACCCACCGCAUCCCACAAACCUUGACUUUGUCUUUCAACAUGAUGCCAUUCCCAAAGACUUCUUUCGUCGUGAGGUCAAGAUAAGGAACAAACGUCAUCUCGUCUUCUCCACAACUAACCAACAGUUCCUUCUAGCAAGGAGCGAGAGCUGGUACGUGGAUACAACGAGCAAGCUGGUCAAGCCGCCCUUCACCCAACUGUUUGGAAUCCAUUGCUUUGUGAAGAAAGAGCGAGCAAUCAGGCAGGUGCCAUUGCUUUUAAGUAUAAUGACAGGAAACAAGAAACAGGACUACAGUGCCGUUUUGAAAGCUGUACGACAGCUCCUUCCUGAGGAGAUCUGUCUCAAGGAGAUCUUUGCUGACUUUGAGGUGUCACUCUGGGAAGCCUUGGCGUCUGUCUUUCCCGACAUCUCUCUGAAGGGCUGCUCUUUCCAUUGGAGGCAAAUUGUCUGGGCAAAGAUGCAGGAACUGGGUCUACAACCAGCUUACAGGGCCAAAGGUGAAGUCUUCAAAUUACUCCAGGAUGUUCUGGGGUUGUCAUUCUUGCCAUCAGAGCUCAUCCUGAUAAUGUUCCAGUCCCUGAGAGAGAAAGCCGGAACACCCACACUAGACAAGCUAUUUGACUACAUGGCCACAACGUGGAUGGACAGCAAACUGUGGACUCCUGCUACAUGGUCCUGCUAUCGUCAGAGCCUCCGGUUGCCCGCAGAUUGUGAAGGAUGGCAUCAGAGGCUCAAGUCAAAUGUCCACAUGGCCAGGGUCUCCCUCUACCCCCUGAUUGAGCUAUUGCACGUAGAGUCCAGGUAUGUGGAUGUCCGCACACAGCUGGUGUCAGAGAAGAAACUGCGGCGUUAUCAGAGGAAGUCAAGCGGGAUUGCUGAGGGAAGAAUCUUUGAUUACUGGAGAGAGUUUGAAGAUGGGGAGAGAACAGCCGAGGCAUUGCUGCAGGCUUGUGCUUACGUCCAAGGCAACAUGUUCAUCAAACAUGAGUGAACAGUGUAUAACAAGAUAGGAGUAUUUGUCAAUCUUGGGGGCCCAAAGAAGUGACGUCGACCAACCUUGUCUCUUUUUUGUAAUUCUUAAUAUGACUCUUUAAGAAUGAGAGAUCAAUUGCAUUGAUAUUUUCUCAGGUAAUUGAUUUAUUAGAAAACAAACUUUUUACACAUCUUUCUAGAGAACACAUUCAAUCCUUCUAAAUUUCAGUGCUGGGUACAGUUUGUCAUAGGGCAAUGUA